AUGAAUUGUACACAUUGUGAUAAUAAUUAUAAAUAUAAAUGUCCGACAUGUCGACAACCUUAUUGUUCUGUUGCCUGUUAUAAAAUUCAUAAAGAAAAUCCAUGCGCUGCCCCUACUCCACCACAAACUGAUAAAUCAGAUGUUACAAAGAAAAGUACAUAUGAGUAUGAAUAUCCAACAGAAGACACAGUGCCACUAGACAAAUUAAGACUACUAGAGGGAUCAAUGGAAUUAAAAAAGUGUUUAGAAAAUCCUCAUGUUCGAGAAAUGUUAAAAACAUUAGACAAAUCCUAUGAUCCAGACUCACUCAUUCAAGAAUAUAUGACAGAGCCUAUAUUCUAC